AUGGACAGUCUCUCGCGUCUACAAGGUCUCCAUGCUGACCUUGUCGCCUUCACCGAAACCCGACUGGCCAACAUCGACCGCCUAUGGCAGGAACUAGAGGACAGCAUCCAGGACUUCAGGAAGUUGCUGGACAAAAGCACACCCACGAGUGCUGAUCGAGAUGCCUACAAUAACGGGAAAAUCAACGUCGACGACCAGGAAUAUGCCGUCAAUGAUGAAUUCAAACACAUCAGCCGUGCUAUUGCAACCACCCUUGACCUGGACGAAAUUGAGGCUGGACGACUGCUUAUCCAAAGCCAGACCGAUAUCAACACCACAGCGGAAUCCUUUGUGAUGGACGCAGUGAGCAAAUUUCACAACGGCAGAGACCUCCUCCUUCAGUCCCUCCGAAUUACUCUCCAACAAUCGCUCGGUUUGGAACCAGGUGAUGGCUUCAGACGAGUCUUUGAGACCACCGUCGCCCAGGUGUUGGAGGUUGAUGGUGGUGUUCCCAGCAACGGGUCAAUCUUCACCAGAAAAUGCUUGGGGACCUUGGAGGAUAUUGAAAAAUUACAAGCCAAGGUUGCGGACGCACUGCAGAGUAAAGCGGUUCUAGGUGGUCCACGGGGCCCCGAGUUUUAUGCAACCUUAGAAUUUCAGCGAGACAGUCUGUUCAAACAGCAUGAGGCACUUGCUUGUAUUCUCGCGUAUUUGUUCCAAGGGGACUAUACCAACCAGGAAGAUCUGCGAAAGCUCCACGGUGUACUGCCACGCUGGAACCGCCUUGACCUCAAUCUCGUCCACUAUCUGCCCGCAUUUUCCGCGGCAUUUCGGCAAUAUGGUUCUCCGGGGAGCCAUCUUUCCCAAGAGAGUACUGCCUCCCUCGACUCUGUGUUUGGGACACUGCCACAAGAUGCUUCCUCAGCUCCUAUCAGACCUUUCCAGGCGGUCUUGAGUCUCUGGUGGACUGUUGAAUACAGCGGGCAAUUCCGCGACUUAUCCGACCAGGACGCAGGAGCGGACAAGCGAGCAAAUGCAGUCAAGGCGGCAUUGAAAGAGGAUGCCUUGGAACUCAUGCUGGCAAUAUGUACCAGCACCAAUUCAGAUGUCUGGCGGCAUCCAGCUAGGCAGGAGUUGGUGGCUCUACUUCUCAGCGAUACUGCGGGUUUCACGCUCGAAGGCGAACAGACAUCCCCCUACUUUCGCUUGGAAUUCAUGCAGUCUCUCGAGAAUUUUACCGAGGCCUUCAUUUCCAAUAUGCCGGACUCAAUUCGAAAACUGAGGACCGAAGAAGAUGACCAGCGGUUGAAUCAAUUGACGGCAAUGCAAGAAGGCUUACCACCUGCUAAUCAAGGCACGAGCGUCAGCAAACUCCAUCUGGAAUGCUUCCUUAUCCUCAUCUCGUUCGCUUUUGAGGGCAGACCUGAGGCUGCUGAGCAGUGGUGGGAGGACCCCGACAGUAACUUGUAUGGCUUCUUGCAGUGGGCAUCCCGGAGACAAACAGUGCCGAGAGUGAGCGCUUUCUGCGAGCUCUUAUGCUCGAUCUCGGAAGAGAAAGAGUGCGCGGAAGCUGCCCACAAAUUUUUGCUGGACGACUCACAGCCUGCUUCAACACGAGGCAGACGCAACCCUUCGAUGAAUUAUCAGCAAAUCUUUGCCGAAUUGGAACUCUACGCACAGAAGGUUCAUGAACGUCCUGUCACAUCCCAACUCCCCAAUGUUCAGAAAAUCCCGGCCACGGACAUGAAUGAGGUGGAGAGUCCUGUCAUGCUAUCCUGUUAUCUCCGCUUGCUCGCACACCUCAGUCGACAGCCCAGUGGUACACGCCAGUACAUUCUACAAAGCGUAACUCCAGCUUUCCCGCAAGCUCUGCUGGUCUUAAGUUCGGGUCCAGUGCCGAGCUAUUUAAGAGCAAGUGUUUUUGCUGCACUGGACGCGCUACUCACCGACAAAACUGCUCAAACUGCCGCCACAUUGUGGCAGAUCGUCGACGAGUGGGCCGCAAACAGCCACGAUAGGGCUCGAUCUGCCGCUAGCAAAACGAUAUCACCUCCCAAGCCAACGUUGCUGAACUUACAGAGUACCCUCAAUUCGAUAGCGAUGUCAUUUGACCAGUACGACGCCUUUGUCGUGUUCCUACGCGACCUGGUUGUCUCUUUGCCUUCUACGGGGCUCGGGACUGAUCUGCUUCCAUUUCCCAAAGAUCUCGGGGCGUCGUACAGGGCCCCCGGAAUAGCACCUUACAUCGACUUCGUAUGCGGCCAAGUCUUUGCCAAGGCGCUCCUAGAAGUUACUGAUGAGCUUCAACGAUCAAUUGGUUUAUUUCACUGUCUCGAAUUCGUGGCGGUCGGCCUCGAGGGGUUCAAUGAAGACUAUGUGGCGAUGCUUGACCGUACGACAUCCGCACAUGAUGCUCUUCAAGAGAUGCCGGAGGCAGCUUCAUAUGCUCAACGCAGUCCGUUUGCGAGGCUUAUGCAGUGGAUCCUCAGCAGUGAGAUGACGAAGCCGUUAAUGGAAACCCUCCGCGUGUCUGGCGAGACUGCAGAAGCGGCUCUUCCGGAUUCGCCCUUGCUCCUCAGCCUACAACGUUCUAUUGACAUCGUCAAUCGUGUUCUUGACCUGCAGCCAACUUAUUUCGACAUAGUAAGACCACUGGUGCAAUCCCAGUCAGCACAAGACGGCCCACUUGCUCGGCCAAAUCUGAACGGCCUAGAAGAUAGCUUGGCUGCGAACCCGGAGACCGUGCUCAAUCUUUGCCAGUUUGCCGCUACGGGGCACUCUGAGCUCGCACUUCGCGCUCUGGCUCUGCUACAAAAGCUCUCCAGCUCCCCGAAGCUCAACAAUCAUUUCCUGGCCAGCGAUCCUACACUCGGCCGAACGCGGAGGGUUGUGGAUAUGUUAGGUCCAGACCCGACCUUUGAGCUGGCGUCGAUUGCAAAAAAUCUGUCUGUAAGGCUGCAGUUCGAUGUCCGGGAGCUUGAGGAAGGAUUCGAGUCUGUCAGCUACCUCCUUAAAGACGGUAUCUUGGCCUUUUUCAAUGCAUGCCUCGAAACGCAGCCCGAUCUCCCGAACGUUGCACACCUCCUGAUAGGUUUUGCUAGGUUGGGUGAACGCUUGACCCUGUCCGACUCCAUCGACGCAGCAACUGCUGUUUUCAACUCCAUUAUUGAUCUGGCCCAGGAUUACCCUGAUGAUGAGGCUGGUAUCAUGUCAUCCUGGCUGAUACACAUGAAAGCAGCCGCUUUGCGUGUUCUGAGACACCUAUGGUCGUCGUCGAUAUCAACUGCAAUCGUUGUAGGCCAACUCCGCCGUUUUCGAUUCUUACAAUCUUUGUACAUGAGCCUACCAAUCGUACAUCAGCAAACUCUUUGGGACGGCAAUAGUGUGCUUCAGCCAGCCUUCUGGUAUACCACAUCAGCUGAAGCUCUGACCGAGUUUCUCACCUUUCGAGCGUCUCUGUACAAUUACACUGCCACUGAAAUUCGGGCAGCGGUGCAGGACGGAUUGUCGACAACUCUGCGACAGAUCUUGUCUACUCUGCAAGGCAAGACCACAAACAUGGACGGCAGUAUCAUUACCAAUCCUGAUGUAUUCGCUCUUUUUGACUUCCUCGAGCUUGACCUUUCCGUCGAUCUAGAUUUGGACCCUCAAUUCUACGUGGGAGUUGACUUUGAGAUCUACUUGACCGAGGCCACCGAGAGUCAGCCCAGCCUUUACGAUAUCAAGGUGAUCCGCGAGUAUCUCAAUGCUUACCGGGCCGAUAUUAUGCGAAACCAGGCAACAACACCGAGCAGCAGCAAAAUCGACGAGCAAAUUUUGAUCGACGAAGCCGACACUAUAUUGGCCAGGAUCGAAGCUCGAAACCGGUCUAUCCUGGCCCAUAAGGCCAGAGGCGAUGCGUUACAUGAAUAUGUGGAAAUGCUCAUCGCCAUCAUCGAGGGAUGUCCCAUGGAAGCCACACCCAGGGCGCAAUUUAUCUUGCGUGUACUACAGGUCAUGCUUCCCAAACUCGAUGUCUUUAUCGUCGAUGGACGAGAAGAGGUAGUGGAGCUAGCGCGUGCCGCUGAUGCCUUGCUUUUCUCCCUCUCUCAAACAGACCUCGGAAACACACAAAUGAGUAAUCUUAUCACAGAGAAGUUGUUUCAAGUCUUCCGUGCCUCUGUUGAAGGCAUUGCGGCAUCCAACUCGAACACACCCAUCAGGACGAUAUUCUACAGCAUUUGCUCGCAGUACCUGGGUCGCAUUACAUCCUCUACAGGCGAUGUUUCAGAUGCAGACGCUAAAGCAAGACGUAACAGUAUGGACUGUAUCCGAUCAGCAAGCCAACGCGUCGUGCAAAUCUUGUGCGAUGAUGCGGAAGACGGUGUGGAUGCUUGUAGGCUUAACGCCUUCAAUGUUCUGUCAUGUCUUACUUCGCUGGCUCGCUCAGAGAAGUCUAACUUCGUUCUCGAUUCAUUCGUCAAGGCCAACGUAUUAGAGAUCCUAGUCGACCCUCUGAAGCACGUCGCGGCAGAGUUUCAGAGCUCGGAGCCACUUUAUCGACGUUACCUUCUGUCCGUCUUCGAAGCACGCAUGUUUCUCCUUCUGCAGAUCUCACGCACGCGAGACGGCGCAGGAGCUCUCCUCGAUGCAGGCCUUAUGUCUGCUGUUCGCGACUCCAACCUCUUACGAGCAGACCCCGAUCUCGGCAUCUCGAUUUCUUCCACCUCUACCGACACAGGUGAAGCGAAUAGUUAUGGUCCGGAUUCGGUCGCAUCCGCCCUCCGCACGUACUAUGUCCUCUUGUCAUCAACCCUCCGCCUUCUUCUCUCCACGUUCCUCUCCAGAGGUGUUCAGAACGAGCAGAUUCAAUAUCUCGCCCGCUCUUUUUUGACCGAAUAUCGGCCAAACAUGGUGGGCGUAUUCAAAAAGCACGCAGGUGUAAGUGGCAAAGUGGACCAGGUGUUGAAGCCGCUCGUGGAAGAAUGCGUGCGGUGUUAUACAGGAUUGGCUGCAUUAUCUGGCUUCGUGGAUUUUGAAGAUCAAGCAGGAUUAGAUCCCGGACGAGACGCUGGGUUCUCAUAA